AUGGCAAUGCACAUCUAUGUUAAGAGUGGAGAGUGGAGAUUGUUUGACAAUCAUGAGUGGAGAUUUAUUAUUGAUGAAGACAAUCGUGGAAGAUUACUAACUUUGGAAUCGAGUACAACACAUGAAGAAUUGAAGAUUAUGGUUUUAGAAGCCUAUGGAGUAGAGCCUAGUAUGGUUGAUAUGGAGCUAAGUACUGAUGAUGCCAAACGGAGGGAUGUUUUAGGGAAGAAAACAUCCGACAAAAACGCCGGUUAUGGUGUUGGAACGUCGUUGAAAGGUGUGAGCGUAAGGAAGGGUCAAUAUUUCAAAAGAAAAGAAGUGUUACAAGCAGCAAUGGAGUUGUAUGCUAUGAGGUACAACUGUGACUACAGGGUUACGAAAUCUGAUACAGUAUUCUGGUGUAUACGCUGCAUAGAGGAUGUUUGCAAAUGGAGUCUUCGUGCUGAGUGUUUAAAUGGGUCUACCUAUUUCAAGAUCAACAAGUUUGUGGGGGACCAUACUUGUGCUCCUUCGAAGAAGAAGAAAUUUUAUAGGACACCUUCAGCUAAAACAAUUGGACAUCUCAUUAUUCAGAAUUAUGAGGGUGUAUUGGAAGGGCCUAAACCGAAUGAUAUCAUUAAUAUUAUUCGUACAGAGUAUGGUUGUAAUUUAACUUACUCUCAGGCAUGGGAGUCUCGCGAGUAUGCAGUGAAUGAAGUUAGAGGAAUCCCUGAGAAGAGUUAUGGUAAAAUACCAAAAUACUUGUACAUGAUACAAGAAGCGAAUCCGGGUACCUAUACAAAUUAUGAAGUUGAUUGCGACAGUAGAUUCAAAUAUCUGUUUAUGUCUUUUGGUCAGUCAAUAAGAGGAUUUUACAAGGGAAUGAGGAAAGUUAUUGUGGUUGAUGGAACAUUUUUGAAGAACAAAUACAAAGGAGUUCUACUAGUUGCUACAGCAGUAGAUGGGAACUCUAAUUUGUAUCCAAUAGCAUUUGGAAUUGCUGAUUCUGAGAAUGAUUCUUCAUGGGCGUGGCAUGUGUCAAUUAGCAAAUCACUUGAUAAAAUCUAUCCAUUGUCUACUCAUGGUAUUUGCAUCAACCACUUGAUUGGUAAUGUUAUUACAUAUCACAAGGGAAGGGGUGUGGCUGAUUUGGUUUCAAGAGCGUCUAAAGCUUAUAGAGUUGGUGAGUUUCAAAAACUUUUUGGAGACAUUUGCAACAUCAGUCCUGCGAUUGGAGAGUACCUAGAGGAUGUUGAGGUUAAAAAAUGGGCUCGAUGCCAUUUCCCUGGAUACAGAUAUGACCAGAACACAAACAAUGCUGCAGAGUCGAUCAAUUCAGCUUUGAGAUCACCUAGAGAGUAUCCAGUAAUCCCUUUACUAGACAGCAUCAGAGAGAUGUUAACACGCUGGUUUUUUGAGCGAAGAGAAUUAAGUGCCAAGCAGAAAGAUCCUUUAACUGUUAAGGUGGAGAAAAAGAUGUCAAGAAGAAUAGUGAAAGGUAAAUACUUUAAAAGUUAUCCGAUUGGAAGAAACAUAAUACAGGUCAAAGCGCAUGGGGUAGACUUUGUGGUUGACUUGGAGAGAAGGACAUGUACAUAUGGGAAGUUCCAAAUGGGCAAACUCCCUUGCAGACACGCCAUCAAAGGAGCUGUUGAUAUAGGCAAUGAUCUAUAUCCAUAUGCUGAUGAUAUGUAUAGCACUACCAGUUGGAGAGAGUACUAUGAGGAGACUGUUAAUCCAAUAGGUAUUCCAGAGAACGAAUGGGGCGUCCCCGACCACGUUGAGGCUGCAAAAGUUUUACCACCUGAAUCAAGAAGACACCCUGGUAGACAAAGGAAACGAAGACAUGAAAUGGUGGAAGACAAGAUAAGAGCGUCUCAACAAUCACAAUCGUCAAAGAGACACAAGUGUAGCCAUUGUGGUAAAGAAUGA